UUGAGUGCAGCGUGUCUCUCUCUCUUUUUCUACACCUCUAACCGACGGAGAGGAGAUAUUUAAUCCAGCCGGCUGCUACCCACAUUUUACCGCGUCCACCGGCUUUCUUUUGUUUUGUCUAAGCGCCGUUAUUAAUGUUUUUUUGAGCGAUUUUGGACAACAAAAGCAUCAGGUCCGCCGCUGCUCGUCUCUUCUUCUUCUUCUUUUUCUUCUUCGUGGGAUUUUUUUUUUUAAACUCACAUUAAGAGACAAGUUUUUUCAAAGAGCCGCAGGUUCAGAUCGCUUCCAGACCUCCGGUGGGGAUUUUUUUUUUCUUUCCCUCCCACCAAAACCGAGCGACCAUGGCUGCUGUUACAAGCCCGGAGACGAGCCCUCAGCCCCGUGUGUAUUUCCAGACGCCGACCGGCACCGCGGACGAACCGGAGACUCCGGUUCGGAAGCAGGGACGCGUUACGGUCAAAUACGACCGUAAGGAGCUGAGGAAAAGACUGAACCUGGAGGAGUGGAUUAUCGACCAGCUAACGGACCUCUACGACUGUGAGGAGGAGGCCAUUCCGGAGCUGGAGAUUGAUGUGGAUGAACUUCUGGAUAUGCCCAGUGAUGUUGAACGUGCAGCCAGAGUCAAAGACUUGCUGGUGGACUGUUUUAAGCCGACGGAGGACUUCAUCUCAGAGCUGCUGGGCAAGAUCAGAGGGAUGCAGAAGCUCUCCACACCUCAGAAGAAAUGAUGGCACUCUUCCUCUCUCCUGUUUGUCCUCCUCCGCCCUCACCUGUCGUCUUCCUCCCAUCUCUUCUCCCGUCUCUGUUCUUCAGUCCUCCAUGUGUGUCUCUGACAGAGACACCCUCCCCUUCCCCGUCCCUGUCCGGCUCGCUCCUCUUCCUCCUGUGAGGAGGUGACCGCCCGAGUUAAAUCAGCCAAUCAGCAACAAGUGGAACCGAAUCACGACUGAUGUCUUUACCAAUGAGAUUGUUUUUUUUACUUGACGUUGUUUGAGGGGUUCAAUCUUCCGACAAAAUUUUGUUUGUUUUUCCUGGAUCAGUUUGACACCAUGAGGAAUUUACUUGAGUUUAUUUUAUUAUUAUUGAUUAAACAGCUCAGUUUUUUGGAUAAUACAGUUUUUGUUGUAUGAUUUUUUUUUUUCUUUUUCUUUUUUUUUUGUUUUUUUUUGUUACAGUGGUUCAUUUGAGGACCGUUUUGUUUUCCUGUAAAGACACGGUCAUUUUUUGGGAAGGAAAUCUGCACCAUAAACAACUGUGUAUGUUACAACUUCAUCUCUCCAUCUUUCCGGCAGCGAUGAACAUUUUUCCAGAACUCGCCGGAUUUCUGGAUUUGGAUCAUACUGUUGUUUAUAUUAGACAUAGUUACGUUGGCACGCAGGGUUUGAUUAUUAAUUGACUGUCUCAAAGAACAUGCUAACCAUAGCUAGAAUUAGUAUAGUCAGUCAUGCUAACCACAGAUGACUCCAGUUGUUGAUUUUUGCAAUUAGCUUGACCACAUAUGACAACACUACCUGAGGUUAGCAUUUUUGUUUAAUGGGCUUAUCAAUAGUCCGGAGACAAUAGUUUUAGACGAAAUAAGAGAUUUCUGGAUGUGGAGCGUGGCAGGUCUUUUUUUUUUUCCCAGACAUUGUUAUGUUCAUAUAAUGCUUUGAAUUUUGAUAUGACCGCUCAAAGAAAAUAUUAAUUGCAGCUAGCGUGCCGCUAUGCGGUCACACUAACCCCUGGUUAUGCUAGCAGUUAGCAUUAACCAUUCUUACCACAUAAGCUAAAGGUAGUUAGCAUUUUCUUUAAGAUGACUUGUCAGUAAUC